AUGACGGAAUGUGGAUCCAUGUUUUCCUCCGUAUGGAGAGAAGCUCGUCUACUUCGGACAGUACGCUCGCUUUUCCCUGUGGGUUUCACAGAGGAAUUGAAAGAAAUAGCUAUUUUGGCUGCGCCUGCGUGUCUGGCACAUCUCAUGGGGCUUUCUGUGAGUUUUAUUAGCACCAUGUUCUGUGGUCAUUUGGGAAGGGUGGAGCUGGAUGCUGUAUCUCUGGCCAUAGCAGUGGUGAAUGUUACCGGCAUAUCUAUUGGUGUUGGACUAUCAUCAGCGUGCGAUACUUUGAUUUCUCAGAUUUAUGGGGCUGGUAAUCUAUGGAGAAUUGGGGUGAUCCUACAAAGGGCAAUCCUUAUCCUCAUCCUGGCCUGUUUCCCCUGUUGGGCCUUACUCAUCAACACUGAGUCCAUUCUGUUACUUUUUGGACAAGAACCAGAGGUUGCCAGGUUGUCUCAGGUUUACGUUAAGAUCUUCAUGCCAGCACUUCCUGCUACAUUUAUGUAUGAACUGCUAACGAGAUACUUGCAAAAUCAGGGCAUCAUUUGGCCACAAGUGAUCACAGGCUUUGUGGCCAAUCUCCUCAAUGCUCUCAUAAACUACAUCGUUCUCUUUUCAUUAAACAUGGGAGUAGUGGGUUCGGCUCUUGCCAACACCGUGUCACAGUUUUUCAUGGCUGGCAUCCUAUAUGCUUACAUGCUGUGGAGACGUCUUCACAAGGGGACCUGGGCAGGUUGGUCCAUAGAGUGCCUCCAGGACUGGGGCUCAUUCAUAGACUUGGCCAUCCCCGGCAUGGUCAUGAUGUGUGUAGAGUGGUGGACUUUUGAAAUUGCCAUCUUUUUAGCAGGUCUAAUAAGUGAAGUGGAACUUGGAGCUCAGUCAGUCAUCUAUCAACUCUCUAACAUUGCUUACAUGUUUCCUUUAGGUUUCAGUGUGGCAGGCACUGUAAGAGUGGGAAAUGCUCUAGGAGCUGGAAAAACCCAGCAAGCCAAGUUGUCUGCAAAACUGUCAGUGUUCUGCGCAGUAUCAGUCUCUAUAUGUUUUGCGGUCAUCAUUGGGAGCCUGAGGAAUUACAUUGCUUAUAUCUUCACAAAUGACGAACAAAUCCGGCUACUGGUUAGUGAUGUUGUGAAGUUCUAUGCUCCGUUCUUGCUGAUGGAGGCAACUGCAUCGGCCGCCGGAGGGGUCAUCAGGGGAACAGGAACACAGAAGGUCGGGGCUCUCUGCAGCGUUCUGGGUUACUUUGGUGUGUGUCUACCUGUUGGUGUGUCGUUGAUGUUUGCCGCCAAACUAGGAAUCAAGGGCUUGUGGACAGGUUUCUGUUCCUCUGUGUCUCUGCAGAGCUGCUUCCUGGUUGCUUACUUGGCAAUAAUGAACUGGGACAAAGUUACACUUGAGGCUCAGAUUAGAGCUGGUGUGAACAGGACGUCAGAUGAAGAUGGCCAGGAAGAAAGCGACAGCAACAUGUCAGAGCUGCAGUUCAUCGACGAGGACGCGGGAAUCGGGAUAACCCAGUAUCGCGGCCGUAGGAAUUUAUUCCUGCGUCGUGGUCUCGUCGGGGUCCUCAUGCUUUUCAUUCUGGCUGCCGGGAUCGUGCUCAACCUGCUUUUGAGCAAGCUGAUCACGUGA